GUGGGAGGGAGGCCGCACGACCCGAGUCUCCGUCCUGUUUACAUGAGGAAAUCCGCGCUUCUGGACUGAGAAAUGAGCAUACAGGUGACAUGACAGAGGGCAGCAUGAAGGGGGUUGAGAAUGAGGAGUUUGUGGAGGCCAUGCAUGACUACUCUUACCAAUGGGAGGACCGCACCCUUUCUAUGACAAAGGGAGAAAUUUUCAUGCUCAUCAAACGUGCGACUCCUGAUUGGUGGCAGGUAAUCAGACACGGAGAACAACGACCUUUCUUUGCGCCAAAACAGUACCUCCAGCUAACCACAGUGUCAUACGAACAAAUGAAGCAGGUGUCCAGGCAAGGGCGUCUGCAGCAGAAAUCAAAACAAGAAGAGUCUGGUGGUCAAAGUCAUGGUAUGCCACAGAUAUCAAAUGAUAACAUUCCUUCACCAUCAUUUACUGAAAUACCCUCAUCCACAACUCCCAAUGCUAGUCAAAGUUAUAUGACAAAGAUAGAACCAAGUAGGGUAACAAAAGAGAGAAAUGAUCCCUAUCCAAGCAGACCAGUUGGUCUGUCCUCCUUCAAAAGUGAAUCCCCAAUUGUUCCUCCAAAAGGGCUACCACACAGGAGUGGCAGCAAUGAGUUACCAUCUCCCACAGCAUACUCAAGAGGCUUUCCCCAGGGUGGCCAUGAGUCCUCCUCUUCUCACACCUCCAAGUCAAGUCUCAAUGACAGUAGCAGAUGUAGCAUGGAGUCUCUCACGCAGCUCCAUGCAAGGAAGCAAGCAAUAAAAGCAGCUUCACAUGAUGAACUGAUGUCUGGGGAAAGGAGUAGAUCCGUGCUUGAUGUGAGCCAGCCAAAGGCAGCUAGCAGCGAAGAACUUGAUGGACGUUACUAUGGUAGGGAUUUUUUUUUCAAGAGCAAUCAGCUAAGUCACCGUCAUAGAUCUAACUCGGUAGAUUUCAGAUUAUUUCAAAAGGAUCUUGCAUUCAGUGAAAUGAAGCAAGGCUCUUUAGACAAAAGCAGAAAGCCAAGAAUAUCAAAAGACCCUGGGAACAGGAGGAGGUCAUGGGCUGUGGAAGAAAGAUUGCCGGAAAAUUUUCGGCCUUUCAAAAAAGCCGAGACCCAAGAUACUGCCAUUAUUCUGGACGUGCCACCAAAACUUCCCCCAAAGCAGCGUAAACACAAACAUGAUCCAUUUGGCUCCAGUUCUGAAAAUCUGGGGAAACUUGAGGGACCAAUAGAUAUUAAGUUGCAGGAAGUGAAGAAAGCAAAACCUGCAUUACCACUUACUGGUCCAAAUGUGAAAAGACUUGGUCAGGACUACGAUAGAAGCUUGAAAAGUUCUGAUACCUUGACUCUGUCUGAAAACCAAAGGAAAGCUUCCCUCCGUCGGCAAGAUGGGAUGGAUGCAAAAGACCCUCCAGUGGCCCUGCCAAGGAAGUUCAUUCCCCCACAAGUUUCAUCAACAGAAAGCAAGACAGAUGAGCAAGGGAGUAAACAAAACUUAAAGGCAGGAGUUGCAAUGCCUAGUGUGAGUGAAUCUCCAGCCAAAGACAGUAUUAAUAAUAAGGUGAAAAGUGAUUUUAAUGAUCUAAUCCAUACAAGGGAACAAAGUGCACAGGAAGUGAGAAGUCAAGCCGUCUAUCCUAGUGAUUUAAAGGAAGGCAAUACAUUUCGUCCUGACUCUGCUCAAAGGCCUGGACGGGUUGAUUCCUUCAGGAAAGCCAGGGAACCGCCCAGGUCUCCGAGUAGGGUCACUGGGACUCCGGAGAUGAACAGGAAGGUGUUUCUAUCUCUCUCGCCCGAAUCCAUCAGGAAGUCGUACAGUUUGGAGAGGGGGUCGCCAAAGCCGGAAUUCGGGAAGGAGGAGGAGAAGGAAAAUGAAGCACUGAGAAUACCGCCGAGGGAAGUUCACACCCCUGACUCGGCCAGGGGAGUAAAGGUGGCAAUGCAAAUGCCGCCGUCACCACGAACGCCCCCACAGAGAAUUGUCUUUGAUGACUGGGGGGAGUAUUUUGAUGACAUUUCCCGGAGGCCUUUUUACUACAACAGCAGAACACGUGAAAAGAGAUGGAAACCCCCACGUAAAGGAAUUCACUCCGUUGCUAUUCCUGAGGUACCUCCGCAUGCCAGGCAGGAGAACCGGGGAGGGAGUCUCGGCAGGGGGCAGACCAGGAGUCCCCCCAUCGACUACCCUGCAUCCCCCAAGCUCUCCCAGAAGCCGAGGUCUUAUGCCACCUUACCCGAGAGUGGCAGUGGGGGAUACCAUGGCUUCAGCCACUUAUCCUCCCUGAUUCACACCUCUUCGUCCAGCCUGCACGGUCACCACCACCCUCUGGCAACAUCGCACACGUUGCCCAUACCCUCCCAGUUGUCCAGGAACAUCCUCCCUCCCCUCGUCCCGCCCAGCAGUGCCAAACCCAUAUUGCCAUGUACCCCCACCACCCCCACCACCCCCGAUGUCCCAGACGACCAGAAUGCUGCCUUGCUGGACACGCUAGACAAGCUGAGCCCGCCCAGAGGCUGGAGCAAGAAGUAUGACAGCGUCAUGCAGAGGGUUUAUUUCUGUAAUCAGGUCACAGGAGAGAGAGUAAGGAAGUCCAUGUUCAUAAGUCAUGAUGAAGAGGACUCCAUACUAGAGGAUAAGCCACUCACCAGUGAGAGUGGUGAGGCCAGUGCCCGUGCAUUUGGCACUGAUGACGACACCCCUGGGCAGGGUGCCAGGCGAUUCUUCCCACCGUCCUCCCGUUGCUUAAGUCCAGAUAAUGGCUCUGGGACGCACUCAGACAGGGAGGAAUCCACAUUUAGUGAUGAUACAGAGGGAUCGACGUCUACCCUUCCUUGUCUGGGGAUUGGAAGUGAUCACUACAAGGAAUUGAAGAGAUCUCUUGACUCUGAGAAGUGGCUCGCAACUAACAAUGAUGAUGGGAAGAUUUAUUACUAUGAGGAGAGUGGCAGUAAGAGUCAGUGGAAACUACCUGAGCUCGAUGCCUUUGACGAGUUUGAUAUAAGGGAUGGCCAACAGACUUCAACUCUGGAGAGCCAAAGGGUGUCCUUAGUUACUGAAAACUUGGCGGAGCUAAGCAAGAACAUUGUCAAAGAAGGAUUCAUGCAGAGAACGUUCCUUUUGAAAGAGGGAAAGAAGGUGCGCAAAAAUUGGACCUCCUCCUAUGCUCGUUACAUUGUCAGUUCCUUCAAUUCUGGAUCACAAGGACUGAUUCACUUCUCCAAAACGAAGGAUGAUGACAAGAAAGCUGAAAUAUUUGAUUUUAUUCCACCAUGUUCCCUUGACCUUUCCAAUGACAAGAAAACAAGUAGGCAGCAAGUCAUUGCAUUACGCAAUGGCCAAGACACAGAAGUACUACUACAGUUUGAAGAUCGAGACAUUGAGAACGAAUGGCUCAAAGUUCUGGUUGAUCAUGAUGGGAUGCAGCAGAAUAUGGCUUCAGUGGCAGAGAAGGAGGAGAAGAAAGGAAAGAAAGGCUCAGAGAAGAUGAAACGGGCAGCCAGUAUUGAACAACUCGCUCCAGACAGCAAGGGCAUCACUGAUAAGUUGCUGAACUUCAUCAAGAGACGGCCCCUGAAGGAGACGCUGGAAAAGAAAGGGAUUUAUAAAGAGGCUGUUUUUGGUAGCACAUUGUCAGAGUUACACGUACAAGACAAGACCACGAUACCAAUAUUUGUUCUCCAGUGCAUCAAUCACAUAGAAAAGUCUGUUGAGAAUCUCCGUGCUGAUGGCCUGUAUAGGAUAUCUGGUAACGCUGCUCAGAUCCAGAAAAUUCGAUAUGAGGUGGCACAAAGGAACUAUACCAUCUUGAGCAGGGAGAAGGAAGUACACAACCUGUCGGGGGCUCUCAAACUCUUCUUCCGGGAGCUCAAGGAGCCCCUCAUUCCCUUUGCCAACUACCAGGACUUCAUUCAAGCAACAGGCUCCGAGUACCGAAAAAAGAAUCAACAGGUUGAAAAGUUAACGAAAGCGGUGCGGCAGCUUCCUGUGGAAAACUACGAUACCAUGAAAGUCUUGUUGCAGCAUUUGUUAAGAGUGAGCGAAUAUGAGAGUGAGAAUCGGAUGAGUAUAUCAAACCUGGCCAUCGUGUUCGGUCCAUGCCUACUCUGGCCGAAAAUCACCAAUGCUCAAGACCUCAUGACAGAUGUGAUGCUUCAUAACCGCGUUAUCGAAGGACUUUUGUUAGAUUACCAAAAGAUAUUUUCUUCGAAAAGAUGAGAAACGAAGCGGAGAAGCCAUGAAUCACUCUUAGGUGCUAUUUUCUCCCCGUUGUUUUCUGCUCUGGCCCUCCGAGCCCUUGGCUUUUGCCCGGAAUUACUAAAAUUUGCCGUAGUGUGCCCUGGAAUCAGAAAACGUGCAUUUCCAUCCACACACUAAAAAGGAAUGUGAUGUGUGACAAAUCCAUUUAAAAAGACAACUGUACUCUAUGAUAUGCUUAGUCUGCUUUCUUUUA